CAAAACCGAGAGAGAGAGGAGAGAGAGAGGGAAGAGAGAGAGAGAGAGAGAGAGAGAGAGAGAGAGAGAAACCGUCUCAGCGAAGGUCAAACCCAACUCCGCCAACGACAACAAAAUCAACAACAUCGACACCAAAUUCUCGCCGUAGUUAUCUCCGACUUUGAAAUUCAGGCGCGGGCGGGCCCCAUUUUUAAAUGCUCCAUCUGAUCGUGAGUUCCCGGCAACUGUCGGCGGCGGAGGCGGAGGGAGGAGGCGGAGGAGUCAUCAUCAUUGCCGGCGUGUCUCUGGUGACCGGUAAAGAAACUUUCCCGAGAGCUCUCUGAUUAUUAUGAGGAAAACCCAAGCAAGCAAUAAUCAUAAGAGCAAGCACAAUCCUAAUAAUAAUAAUAACUCGAAUGGAUUUAUCCCCAAUUCUCUCCGCCUCCUUUCCUCUUGUAUCAAGACCGUCUCUUCCAACGUCCGCUCCGCCGGAGCCUCCGUCGCCGCCUCCAUCUCUGCCGACGCCGACGACCUUCGGAAAGACCAGGUUUUAUGGGCUUCCUUCGACAAAGUAGAACUUGGUCCUUCUGUAAAACGCGUUCUCUUGCUUGGAUACUCCAAUGGCUUUCAAGUCCUUGAUGUUGAGGAUGCUUCUAAUUUCAUCGAAUUGGUUUCGAGGCGGGAUGAUCCAGUCACAUUUUUACAAAUGCAGCCCAUCCCUGCAAAGUCCGAGGGCCGUGAAGGAUUUCAAACAUCGCAUCCCUUGCUUUUGGUUGUGGCAAGUGAUGAACCAAGAAGCUCAGGUCCCAUGCAGAAUGGGAGAGAUGUUUUUGUCAGAGAUGGCUGUGACCCUCAAAUGGGGAACCUUCUCAACUCUCCAACAGCGGUUAGGUUUUACUCAUUGAGAUCUCACAACUAUGUUCAUGUUCUGAGAUUCCGGUCUGCCGUGUAUAUGGUUAGAUGCAGUCCACGGAUAGUGGCUGUGGGUCUUGUAGCACAAAUUUACUGCUUUGAUGCGCUUACCCUUGAGAGUAAGUUCAAUGUCCUUACUUAUCCAGUUCCUCAGUUGGUGAGCCCAGGACUGGUUGGAGUUAAUAUUGGCUAUGGACCAAUGGCCGUGGGCCCCAGAUGGUUGGCUUAUGCAUCUAACAACCCAUUGUCAUCAAGCACAGGACGUCUGAGUCCCCAAAGUCUUAGCCCUUCUCCUGGUGUCAGUCCUUCUACCUCACCUGGAAAUGGAAGUCUGGUCGCUAGAUAUGCAAUGGAAUCAAGCAAGCAGUUAGCGGCCGGAUUGGUUAACUUGGGUGACAAGGGAUACAAGACUUUCACUAAAUAUUAUCAUGAGCUUAUGCCUGAUGGUUCUAGCCCUCCUGCUUCAUCGAAUUCUGGCUGGAAAGUUGGCAGAGCUCCCACAACAUCAACUGAAAAUGACACUGCUGGAACGGUUGUUAUUAGAGAUUUUGUGUCUAAAGCUGUUGUCUCACAAUUUAGGGCUCAUACUAGUCCUAUAUCAGCUCUGUCUUUUGACCCAAGUGGGACUCUUCUAGUUACUGCCUCUGUACACGGGAACAAUAUAAAUAUCUUCCGCAUCAUGCUGUCUCAAAAUGGAUCAGGAGCUCGAACCUCUGAUUGGAGUUCUUCUCAUGCGCACCUUUACAAGCUCCAUCGCGGCCUGACUUCAGCUGUGAUUCAAGAUAUAUCUUUUAGUCAAUACAGCCAGUGGGUAGCUAUAGUUUCAUCUAGGGGGACUUGCCAUAUUUUUGUACUCUCUCCUUUUGGUGGUGAAACUGGUCUUCAAAUACAGAAUUCUCACAGUGAUGGACCUCGUCUCAUACCUGUCCUAUCUCAUCCGUGGUGGUCUACUUCAUCUCUUGUGAUGAGUCGGCAGUCUUUUUCUUCCCCUCCACCUCCUAUCACUCUAUCCGUGGUUAGUAGAAUCAGACUUGGUAAUUCUGGGUGGCUAAAUACCGUCAGCAAUGCUGCAUCUUCUGCAGCAGGAAAGGUCUCUGUGCAACCGGGCGGUGUUGCUGCCAUCUUUCACAGCUCUGUGCAUCCUCACAAGCAACUUGCUCUCUCAAAAGUCAACGCCUUGGAGCACUUACUGGUUUAUUCUCCAUCCGGUAAUGUAAUUCAAUAUGAACUCCUGCCUUCAGUGGGGGGAGAACAAAGUGAAUCUGCUUCAGGAGCUGGGACGGACUCAUUGGUGCAAAUGCAAGAGGAAGAGCUACAUGUGAAAUUUGAGCCCGUUCAAUGGUGGGACGUCUGCAGAAGAGUAGAUUGGCUUGAAAGGGAGGAAUGCAUUUAUGGGAAUAAUCCUGGUGAUCGAGAAUCUGCAAUGCUCAUGGAUGCUUCUGAUUAUGAAGAUAAUGAUACUGGGGAAAAGGAUUUGGGAAAGCAACAUGAACAUUCUCAUGUGUAUCUAUCCAAUGCAGAAGUGCAGAUACGGUCUGGGAGGAUACCAAUUUGGCAAAAGUCUAAGAUAUGCUUCUUCAGGAUGAGUCUUCUUGGGGAUGAGGAAAAUAAUCUCGCUGAAGAUCAAAUUGAUGGAGAGAUUGAGAUUGAAAAGAUAGCUGUUCACGAGGUUGAGAUAAAGCGGAAGGAUUUGCUGCCUGUUUUUGAUCGUUUCCACAGGGUUCAUUCAGACUGGAGUGAUGACAGGACCAUGGUUGCGGGGAAAUGUUCUACUUCAUCUUCUACUUCUCAUGGUAGUAAAGAAAAGUUAUCAGAAGAAGCUAUAAUUACCCAUACCAAGCUGGUGUCACCUGGCUCACUUGAAAACCCAGAUGAUGCAUUUCGAUCAGGUUCAUCAAGAACACCCGCAGCUGUUCGUGAUUUACAUCAAAUGGAUAGUUUUAGGCCUUAUCCUCGCAUUGUCCAAAGUGAAAAUGACAAUGAUGGGGUCAAUGGAAAGAAUAAUGCUUUCUUAUGGUCUCAUGCAACGAAUCCAGGGUCCUUCAACCAAGCGGAUGCACGAACUUUGCGUGGGCCAUCUGCAACUGGAGUUUCUUUUAUUCGAGAAAGUUAUGUUGUAAAUACUCCAUCUUCUCCAAAAUCUAGUGCACUUUCUACUGGAGGAUCUGCACCUAGAGAGGUUCAGUCUUCAAGUAGUGUAUUGACCAGUGAAAUUUCAAACACAAGUUCUGACCGUUCUGAUUUGAGUAUGAAUAUAAUUGGUGAGCCAGUGCAUGAAGAUAUGCAUGAUCCCAUAGAUUUUGGACAAUACUUUGAGGAGGGAUACUGUAAAGCGUCAAGUCAUGAUGAAAGCCCUGAAUUAACAGAAGCUAUUACAGAUGUUGAAAGCAGCAAUAAUAGCCCAUGCGACAAGGAGAAAUCCGAGGAAGAUGGGGAUAAUGAUGACAUGCUUGGAGGUGUAUUUGCCUUCUCUGAAGAAGGUUGACAUGCCCCUGCUUCCCAUGUGCUAGAUAAAUGCCACAUAUUGUGCAUUUUUCACUCAAAGUAUUGUGCACUGUGAUCUUCUUGUCCGCCGGUGAUGGCUAUUGCUGUAUGGAAUCCAAUGUCUACUGACUAAUUGCUGGAAGAUUUAAGCACUUUAUUCUUUGGCUGAUGAUCCCAAGUGUCUCUGGAGCAGAAAUGCCUGGGUUCAUUCCUUCUAAUUUAUCAUGUAAAUGCUGUAUAUUUUGAAGUUUAUGGUGCAAGAGAUCUGUAUGGACAGUGUUAUUUCAAUGCUGUGUGACAAUAUUGUUCUUCAAAGAAAAAAAAGUAAAAAUAAAGAGGAAAAUGGAGAAUAGCUCAUUCUACUGUA